AUGGCGACGACCACCAGCGCCCCGUCGCCCGUGCGUUUGUUCAAGCCGUCGUCAUGGAUGAGCUUGAGCCCACCGCCAACGCACAAGUGUCUGCAGCAGUUUGUGGUCGUGAACGUAUUGCUCCCGAUUGCAAUAUACUACGCGGCAGCGCUCGCGAUGCCAGACAUGCCAGCACUAGCACUGUCAGCGACCCCCCCUGCUUUGGAAGCUCUGCAGCAAUGGAUAGCGUACCGGUUGUUGGACCCGAUUUCGUGCGCGCAAGUCGCAUCGAUCGUGCUGGCCGUGGGGCUCAUGUACCUCACGAACGAGCCCAAAGUGCUCUUGCUGCAGCACUCGAUCAUGACUGUGAGUUUUGGAUGCGCCAUCUUGGUUUCGAUCCACUGGGACGAAAACAUCCUGUGGCGAUAUUACAGGGAAUUCUGCGGCACCACCGACGACAAGCGUGUGGCGUUGAUGGCGCAGUGGCGCGACCCCAACGUGAAGGCAUUGAGCAAGACUGUGUCGUGGGUGUGGGGAAUCGGCAUGCUUGCAGAGGCCGUCGUUCGCAUCGCGUUUGUCGUGCUCGUCCCCAUCAAGAUCAUGGUGAUUCUGUCGCCGUGCCUGGCCUUGCUCUUCACAGUCAUCGUGUGCACAUGGACCGUACGUUUUGCUAAAGCCCACGACUUUCAUCUGGUCACAAAAGCUGACGACGCUCCGGCGAAUCCCAGCCACACGUUGUACCAAACCAUCUAGUUCGGACAAACUUUUUAACGAGAAGAACAUGUCUUCUACCAGC